GAGCUCGCGUGUGCGUCACAGUGCUCCAACCCGUGGCGGGUACGUUUGUCCGGUGCUUUGGACCGGCAGACAGCGAGAGAGCGGAGUUGGCGUUAGCUGUGGUGCAGUGAAAACUGUCUUUGAGCGGCCGCUCUGGUCUCCGUCUUUCUCUGGUGCAGAAUCUCUCCUGGGUCACGGCCCCGCCCACCCUUUCACCCUGCGGGAGGAAGUGCGCUUGCGUGCCGGGGUAAUGGGCUGAGUGCUCAGCUCCCUUGUUUCCCCGGGUCCCCAGAGACAGUCCGCCAUGUCCCUCAAGUGUGAUGUGUUGAGUCAAGAUGAACUGCGCAAAAAGCUGUACCAGACGUUUAAGGAUCGGGGUAUAUUGGACACACUUAAGACACAACUCCGAAAACAGCUAAUUCAUGAAUUGAUGCAUCCUGUAUUGAGUGGAGAAGUGAAGCCUCCAUCCAUUUCAGUGGAAGGGAGUGCCCUCCUAAUAGGCGCUUCUAACUCGCUGGUGGCAGAUCACUUACAAAGAUGUGGCUAUGAAUAUUCACUUUCUGUGUUCUUUCCAGAAAGUGGUUUGGCAAAAGAAAAGGUAUUUACUAUGCAGGAUCUAUUACAGCUCAUUCGAAUCAACCCCUCAUCCAAUCUGUACAAAUCAUUGAUUUCAGGAUUUGAUAAAGAAAACCAAAAAGGUUUUCUUAUGAGUUUCUUAAAGGAAUUGGCAGAAUAUCAUCAAACUAAAGAGAGCUGUGACGUGGAAACGCAAACAAGUGACACAUUUCCUAGCAAAGUAUCCCUAGCUGAGAAGUUUCAGCUUAUCGAUGAACAAUUUGCAGAUGCUUUUCCUCACCGUCCCAAGCUAGAAUCUUUAGAGACAAAGUUAAAUGAAUAUAAGAGAGAAAUACAACACCAGCUUCAGGUAGAAAUGUGUCAAAAGUUGAAGUAUUUUAGAGAAGCUGAAAUAACAAAAGUUAAGAUGGAAGAGAAAAGAAAGUUUGAAAAAGAAAUGGCUGAGUUCCGGAAUGAAUUUGAAAGAAUUUGUCAAGCUAAAAAUGAAGCCCUCAUUUCUCAGGAAAAAAACACCCUGGAAAGAAUUAAAAAGCACCGAGAGAUUGAAACAAAAGAAAUUUAUACUCAAAGACAACUUCUACUAAAUGACAUAGAUUUGCUUAGAGGUAGAGAGGCAGAGCUGAAGGAAAGAAUUGAAGCUUUUGAAUUGACCCAGAAGCUCCAAGAAGAAAAAUAUAAAAGUGAAGCUGAGGCACUUCAGAGACGGGAACAGAAUCUGAAGAACAUUGAGGAGACCUAUGAUCAGAAGCUCAAAACUGAACUUUUAAAAUACCAACUGGAACUAAAGGAUGACUACAUCGCUAGAACAAAUAAACUACUAGAAGAGGAAAGGAAGAAUAAAGAAAAAACAAUUCAUUUGCAAGAGGAACUCACACUUAUUAAUUCAAAAAAGGAAGACCUCACUAAAUCUGUAAAUCGUAUGAAAGAAGUUGAGCUGGAGCUAGAGUCUGUCAAAGCCCAGUUUUUGGCAAUGUCAAAACAAAACCACUUGCUGAAUGAAAAGAUGAAAGAGAUGAGUGAUUACCCAUUACUGAAAGAAGAGAAAGUGGAGCUUCAGGCACAAAAUAAAUUACUUAAACAGCAACUGGAAGAGACUAGGAAUGAGAACUUACGUCUCCUAGACCGUAUAACUCAGCCACCUCCUGAGCUUUUGGUUUUUCAGAAAGAAUUACAGAAAGCAGAACAUGCUAUGGCACUGGAGCACAAGGAAUUUGAAACUCAUAGGCAAGCCCUGCAGAAACAGCUACAGAGUGAAAUUGAACAUUCUACACAUUUAAAGGCCCAGAUAUUAGACUACGAUGCUUCUGUUAAAAGGUUAACCAUUCAGGUUGCUGAUUUAAAAUCACAACUCAAACAAACUCAGACAGCCUUAGAGAAUGAAGUGUUCCGAAAUCCAAAGCAGUCUUUGACCCUUCAUUCCCUGAGUGGUCUAGUGAGUGGCAAGAUGGCGCCUCACAAUGGGGAUACAAGUGGGGAUUUCUUGAAUGCACCUCUUGAACAGAACAAGGUUAUGGCAGGUGCAGUUAUGUCAAGGGUCCUACCUUAUGCAAAUACAGCAACAGAGGCUGGUUCCCCAGACUCUGACCUUGAGUUCUUAGCCAGUAGCACUAAAGCCAAAGUGAGGGAGCUAGAGCAAGAGGCUGAACGCUUGGAAAAGGCUUUCAGAAAUUACCAUCGAAGAGUUACUCGGAAUCCUACUGUGAGUCCUCAGCCAGCAAAGAGUCCUUCAUCUGUAUACUCACUAGGAGCUCUCAGAAGCAUAGCUUCCAGUUCCAUGGACAGAUGUGUUUCUGCAGAGGACAGAGUUGUCUCUGAACAGCCUCUUGUGGACGUGCUAAAGGAAGAAAAGAGUGACGUGUCCAGAGCGUUCAUGGGCAGUGUAGCUUCACGGCAUCGCAGGACCUCUUCCUCCACACGCCUCUCCUCUACACCCCAUCCAAAAUCGAGAAGAAGCCUUGAUAAUGAAAUGUAUCUGGAAGGUCUUGGUAGACUACACGUUGCUUCCUCCAGCCCUUGUCUUGACAGAGCAGCUGGGUCACAUGUUGCUUCCUCUAGUCCUUGUCCUGACAGAACAACAGCCCAGCCAUCACCUCUUCCAUCUAGGCACAGUUUCUCUGAUCGUUCUUUCUCCAGCGCUUCACAGAAAAAUGCCUGCUUUUAUCAAAGACAAACUGAAACUCAAGACAAAAGCGAAUUUUCAAAUGUGGACAAGCAAUCUUUGAAAGAUAAUGAGGAGUAUGGACCACCUUUCAGAUGGACCAAGCCAGAACAGUCUGAAGCAGAAGGAGUCUACCCUGCUGGUGACAUGCCUAGCAUAGAUCUUGCUGCAGCUACUGUGCCUUCCAGACCAAUUUCAUAUGACUGUCCAGGUGCUGGUCAAAGCCAAACUAGAGAACAAGAAGAACAACAGCUAUGGGAACUGCACAUGAAAGAACGGAGGCAGAGAGAAGAACAAAGGCAGUAUGAACGGCAAGAAGCUCUAGAGAGGGAAAGAAGAGAGCUGGAAAAACUGGAGCAGGAGCGGAGGAUGAUUGAAGAAUCACUGAAGGUUGAAAUAGAAGAAGAAUUAGAAAAAAGUGUUCAAGAACAGAAAGACAAAUCAGCUCCUGGUGAAAAUCCUUUAGAGAAAUACAUGAAAAUCAUCCAGCAGAGACAGGAGCAAUCAAAUGCAGAUAAGAGCUCAAAAAAAUCAGCCAUAGAAUACUCACUAGUGGACACGAUGGCACCUAGUGAUAAGGAUGAAAGGUAUGAUUUCUCUCAAACAUUAUGUCCUUCAGGCGAACCAUUAUUGCUCAUUUUGUCAGCUAAAAAUGAUCAGGUAGUUGGGCUUGCCUUAAAUUACUGAAUCAGUAAAAAUAACUGACUUUUGAAAGUUGGGCAUAGUAGUGUACGCAGCAUUCAGGAGACUGAGGCAGGAAGAUCAAGAGUUUGAAGUUACUUGGGCUACAUACUGAGUCUCUCAAAUAAUCAAUUUAAAAGGGAUGGAGAUUUAGCUCAGUUUAGUAGUGUUUAGCUAGAAUGCGGGGAUCCCUGGGUUCAAUCUCCAACACCUCUUAAAGAAGGUGUGGUGUUGCAUGCCUAUAAU